CAUCUUGAAAACAAUAAACAAUUGCAGAGUAAUAAAAAUAUGUUUUGCAGUGCAAACCCACUUUGUCCAACUGGUUUGUUAAUGUUUGGUCACACCCAAACUACAUUUUGAACAUUGCUGUACUACCACAAAAACAUGGGUAAUUAAAGUGUGAUCUGACAGCUUUACUGAAAGUAAAAGUCAAUGUAAAAAUUAGUCCCACCUACAUGUAGCUGGUUUCUUUAAGUACAAAGACAGUCAUCCAAAUGAAAUAGAAACUGUCAUGCAAGAGAAGAUAAUACCGAAAACCUUGAGUUUUGCAACCAACCCAUCACCCCUAUUAAACUUAUUUUUAUUUUUAAACAGGCCUAACAUUAAUUUUCUUCCACAGCCAUGAUUCAGCUGAUUCUAUUCUCAGGGUUUAUCACCCUCACCUUCUGCAUCCCUCAUCAGUAUAUUUUUGUCAAUGAAUCCAAGACUUGGACAGAAGCUCAGAGAUACUGUAGGGAUAAAUAUACUGAUCUGGUCACCACUGAAAAUGAACAACAGACAAUCCAGUUAAUCGACACAGUGAAUGAUAAUUCAAUUAACCUUGCCUGGAUUGGACUCUAUGAUGAUCUGAACAGUUGGAAAUGGACUUUAGAGGACAGUAAUUUCUUCAAGGUGGGAGAGAAAGAGUUCAGGAACUGGUAUAACCCAGGGCCAGGGAAUUAUGGAGGCCAAAGUCUUUGUAUGUAUUUUGGUGGAGGGACAUGGCAAGCCACAAGCUGUAGCAGUGUGAUGUUUUUUAUAUGCUUUGAUGGAAGAGAAAAUGCCAGUGCUAAUUAUGUUAUGAUUAAUGAGUACAAAAACUGGACUGAGGCUCAGAGUUACUGCAGAGAGCAUCACACAGACCUUAUCAGCAUCAGGAAUGAAAUUGAAAACCAGAAGAUCAACUCAUUAUUACAUAUUUAUGGAUACUAUGGUUGGAUUGGUCUGUACAGAACCAGAUCUUGGUCAGAUCAGAGCAACUCUUCAUUCAGUAACUGGAAGACAGGACAGCCAGAUAACACUGGAGACAGAGAAUACUGCACUGCAGUGUCAUUUAGUGACUCUGGACAGUGGACAGAUGAAAACUGCAAUAAUGCUUUACCAUUUAUUUGCUACAGUACAUUAACAUCUUCUCGCCAAUAUCACUUUGUGUCUGAGUAUAAGACAUGGGCUGAAGCUCAGAGAUACUGCAGCGAGAAUCACACUGAUCUGGCCACCAUUGAUAACAUGGAUGAAAUGAACAGGCUGAUAAACACAGUUAAUGGGAUUUACAAUGACUCAGCCUGGAUUGGACUGUAUGACGAUGUGAAUAGCUGGAGAUGGUCAUUGGAAGACAAUGAUUUCUAUCAGGAAGGAGAGAGAGAUUUCAGGAAUUGGUAUCAUGAACCAAACAACGCAGGGGGAAAAGAGUUUUGUGUUUCCAUGGAUAAGGAUGGAAACUGGUUUGAUGUUCAAUGUGAAAAUAUGUUAACAUUCAUUUGCUAUGAUGGUAGACAAAACAUUUCUCAGAGGUAUAUUUUGGUACCUCAAUAUAAGACCUGGACUGAAGCUCAGAGCUACUGCAGAGAGAUGUACACAGACCUGGCCAGUGCAAGAAAUGAAACAGAGCAUCAGUACAUACUAAGCAUAUAUACAAAUUAUUAUUAUUAUUAUGGUAAUGUAUGGAUUGGUCUGCACAGAAACUUUUUGUGGUCAGAUCAGAGCAUCUUUUCAUUCACAUAUUGGCUGCAAGGGACUCAAAGUGAUAGUCCACAACCAGAUAAUGGUAUAUACACCCAAGCACAAACUGGUUCUCAACACUGCACAGCUGUGUCUUUACAAAGUUUUGGCCAGUGGACAGAUGAGCACUGCUUUGACAGUUUGCCUUUCUUCUGUUACAGUGGUAAGCUAAUCCACAUUGUAAAUUGAAAUACAUUAAAAGAACAAUCACAAAGUUGUUACACAAAGCCUGUAUUGUAAAUAUAGCUACACUGUUUGCUUAUGCUAGCUCUGUGUUCUGUUUGUUUUUUGGUGAACAUGAUGACAAAUACUUUGACCCUCCUUUUCAGAUGUGUAUGUGAUGGGACUGAGAGUGGAACUUACAAGUGCAGAAAAUUUGUCUAAGACUCAGAUUGAAGAGCAGGUGAUAAUACAAUUACAAGAAGAGCUGAUCAGACUAGGAGUUCCCAGCAACGUGACCAUGCAUUUGAGAAACUAUCGUAAGACCAGUCCCUGAGAGAGGAGAAUGGUGGUCUUUCAUUUUCCGUAUACUUAGGCAAAUACACAUUGAAUUUGUACUUCAAGUUUUUGAUAUUUGAGUAAUCUCAGUUGUGAAAAUUGUCAUUAACAUAAUAUGUUUUAUGGUAUGUUGGGCCUGUUCUUUCCACAUUUUAUUGAUGUAACUGAAUAUAAAAUAGCAUGCCAUGUACAGCAGAACACAGAUAGUUUGUAUUGAAUGUCUGGGAGUGGGAAUAACUGCGUGGAGCAGUAGCUUGAUCAUUGAAAAUAUUUUAGGCUAAUUGUAAUAUCAAGGCACUUUCUUUUAUAAAUUGUAUUUAAACUGUGGGACAUUAGAGAGUAUUGUUAGUGUUUAACUAAAAUAAGUGGCUUCUCUUUUUUGGGCCAUGUUGAUUCCUUCUUGUGGAUUAUAAUAAAACCCUGGACAUGCAUCAUAACCCAUGUUCUGCAUAACAUUUUUGUAUGUUUUGGUCAAGAAAGAUAUAAGAGCAAUCAAAUAAAGGUAAAACAUUUUUAAUUUUAAGACCUACGUUUAACAAGGUAACACACUUUUUAGUAGUGAUCCAACCGGUUUGUUUGUUUGCAUUAGGCAUUAGUUAGCAAAUAGUGUUUACAUUGUAAGCAUUUUUGUUUAAUUAUAAGUGCUUUUGGAGCAUCCAAAGAAGCUUAAAGUACCCUAAUUGCAAGACAACUAUUUGCAAGGAAACAAAAUUGCUCCUGAACACAGUUUUGGAUCAUAUCACUUAAAAUGUAUUCUUCUAGAUCAAUUUGCCUGGGCUAUCUUCAUCUAUUUCACUUACAGAUUUUAUUGUUUUAUUAUUUUCUAUAUGCAAAACAGAUUUUACAUUUUAUCUGUUAAAUAAAGUUGAAAUGAGCUAUGCAUCUAAAGCUGAAACUCAGACUAGUAAUUUUAAACGAUCAGUGCCGGUCCUGCCCCAUUUAGCACCCUAGGUGAGACCCUCUAGUCAUCCCCGCCUCCAAAGCCUGAUAAAAAUGAUCAAGUAGUCAGUUUGUUUUGUUUGCUGCAUACCGGUAAUAGCUUUUUCUUUCUUCAGAAGAAACGUCUGAAAUGGUUAUACUUUUUGCAUAGAACAGUUUAUAAUUAACUUGUGAAAUACAGGACAAAUUAUGUUAGAGACCA